AUGGACAAAGCUUCUUAUAUUACAAGAAAGCUGGGUCUCCGCAGGCGCGGUCUGUUUACCUUGUUCGGACGCAGGACAGCGGCGGAGGGUCCCACGGGCAACGACGCGGGAGACAUGGCUUUGGAUCCAAGUGCCUUGCCCCUCGAACAGCUUACAAUCACAUGUGGCACUAUCGAGCCUGCGAACGCUGAGCCGAUGGAUUUGGAUCCAAGUCCCCUGGACCUUGAACAGCUUACAAUCACAUCUGGCACUAUCGAGCCUGCGAACGCUGAGCCGAUGGAUUGGGAUCCAAGUCCCUUGCCCUCUGAACCACUUACCGCCGUACGCUGCGGGCCAUCGCCGUGGGAGAGCAACUUCGACCGGAACCGUCGUCAGAGUCGCCUCAUCGGUCUACCAGACGAGCUCCUGCUGCAGGUUAUGAAGGUUACAGAAGUGGCCGAUCUAUACAUGCUUCGCCAGGUAUCCUUCUCCUUCUGGCGCAUCUACCGAGGCAGAGAUUUCAGCGAGUUCAACAGUGAUAAACUGCGACCGGAUACCGAAACCAAUGAGACGAUCGCCCGACGCGCCAAGUUGCAGGCAUUUUGCGGCCCCUGUUCACAGAGGAGGUUGUUACCAGAGAACCGCAGCGGAAGGCUCGGCUUGCGGUAUCGUUGCAGAAACAUGGACUGCUCUCAUUGUAAGGAUUGCCAUUCGAAGCCGACCUUCUCCGUCCAGCAGCGCCAGCAGCCCCCAGAAGUCCGUCGGUGCAUCGGCUCGUAUUCGUUCUUUCGGCUGUGUCCUCACCUCAUGGUUCCAGCGUACUCCAUCUUCAAAAAGGCCGAGGAAGUGUCCGCAAACCACCGCGAGAGGCCAUCUGUUAUUAAAUAUGAAGAAUUCGUCCUUGGAAGCUGCUCCCAGUGUAAGGAUUUGGCGCUCCAGGACAUGGCUGGAUACGAACGGCAGUACUUCUACCCUCCAACGCUCACUCUUUACAAAUACUUGAAUUCGAACAAAGCGCAAUUCUACACUAGAUCCAACUGGUGCUUGCCAUUCUGCAAAAUCCCUGAAGGAGAUUCUCUCACAGCCGCAUUCCUGCUCCAGAAACAAGAAGAGUUCAGGAACAGAUAUGGCAAUUGGGCCAUAUUGGCCGGCUGGGUCAUGUGA